UUUUGCUCGGUGUUCAUGAGAGACGCAUGCACUGACAUUAGAGCAGAGCUGCAUGUGGCAGAGGAUCAAACAUUCACUAUUAAACCCUGCACUUUGCUUUAAGCUACUAAAAUAAUAUUUAUUUCAGCACAUCAACACGCUAACUGCGUGAACGCGCCGCAGUCAUGGUGAAGGAGCAGUUCAGAGAGACGGAUGUGGCCAGAAAGAUAAGUCACAUCUGUUUCGGCAUGAAGUCUUCAGAACAGAUGCGGCAGCAGGCGCACAUUCAGGUGGUCAGCAAGAACCUGUACAGCCAGGACACCAGCCACAAACCACUGCAGUACGGCGUCCUGGACCACCGCAUGGGCACCAGCGAGAAGGACAGACCCUGCGAGACCUGCGGGAAGAAUCUGGCCGACUGUCUGGGACACUACGGAUAUCUGGAUCUGGAGCUGCCCUGCUUUCACAUCGGAUACUUUAAAGCCAUCGUCGGCAUCCUGCAGAUGAUCUGUAAGACGUGCUCCCACAUCCUCCUCACCAAAGAAGAAAAGCUGCAGUUUCUGGAUUACCUGCGCAGACCUGGACUGGCGUACCUGCAGAAGCGCGGCCUGAAGAAAAAAAUCUCCGACAAAUGCAGAAAGAAGACCGUCUGCCUCAACUGCAAUGCAUUUAACGGCUCUGUGAAGAAAUGCGGUUUGCUGAAGAUCAUUCAUGAAAAGUAUAAAAGCACGAAGAAGGUCGUCGACCCCGCAGUGUCGGACUUUCUGCAGUCGUUUGACGUCGCCAUCGAACAUAAUAAAGAAGUGGAGUCUCUGCUGACCCGAGCACAGGAAAACCUGAAUCCGCUGGUGGUGCUGAAUCUCUUCCGCAGGAUCCCCGAUAAGGACGUUCCUCUUCUGCUGAUGAAUCCCGAAUCCGGGAAACCGGCCGACCUGAUCCUGACCCGCCUGCUGGUGCCGCCGCUCUGCAUCCGUCCUUCCGUCGUCAGCGACCUCAAAUCAGGCACCAAUGAGGACGACUUGACCAUGAAGCUGACCGAGAUCAUCUUCCUCAAUGAUGUCAUCAAGAAGCACCGCAUGACAGGAGCUAAAACACAGAUGAUCAUGGAGGAUUGGGACUUUCUGCAGCUCCAGUGUGCGCUCUACAUCAACAGUGAACUGUCCGGCAUCCCGCUCAACAUGGCCCCCAAAAAAUGGACUCGCGGCUUUGUGCAAAGACUCAAGGGCAAACAAGGGCGCUUUCGUGGAAACCUGUCCGGAAAGAGAGUGGAUUUCUCCGGCAGAACAGUCAUUUCUCCAGACCCCAACCUGCGGAUUGAUGAAGUCGCAGUUCCUGUUCAUGUCGCCAAAAUCCUCACCUAUCCAGAGAAGGUGAAUAAAGCCAACAUUGAGCUGAUGAGGAAACUGGUGCGAAACGGUCCAGAAGUUCAUCCAGGAGCAAACUUCAUUCAGCAGAGACACAUGCAGAUGAAGAGGUUUUUAAAGUACGGUAAUCGAGAGAAAAUGGCUCAGGAGCUGAAAUUCGGAGACGUGGUGGAGAGACACAUGAUUGAUGGAGACAUCGUUCUGUUCAAUCGACAGCCGUCUCUGCACAAACUCAGCAUCAUGGCGCAUAUCGCGCGUGUGAAACCUCAUCGGACAUUUCGCUUUAAUGAGUGUGUGUGUACGCCGUAUAACGCUGAUUUUGACGGAGACGAGAUGAAUCUUCACCUGCCGCAGACGGAGGAGGCCAAAGCUGAAGCGCUCGUCCUCAUGGGGACCAAAGCUAAUCUGGUCACUCCAAGAAACGGCGAGCCACUGAUCGCAGCCAUACAGGACUUCCUCACAGGUGCGUAUCUGCUCACACUCAAAGACACGUUCUUCGACCGAACCAAAGCCUGUCAGAUCGUCGCUUCAAUCCUGGUGGGGAAAGAUGAGAAAAUCAAGAUUUCCCUCCCUCAUCCUGCCAUCCUCAAGCCGAUCCGGUUGUGGACGGGGAAGCAGAUCUUCAGCUUGAUCCUCAAGCCCAGUAAAAGCUGUCCGGUAAUGGCCAACCUGCGCACCAAAGGCAAACAAUACUGCGGUAAAGGGGAGGAUCUGUGUGCUAAUGACUCCUUCGUGGUGAUCCACAACAGUGAGCUGAUGUGUGGCAGUAUGGAUAAAGGCACUCUGGGUUCCGGAUCCAAGAACAACAUCUUCUACAUCCUGCUGCGGGACUGGGGGCAGCAGGAGGCGGCAGAUGCCAUGUCCCGCCUCGCCCGCCUGGCGCCCGUCUACCUUUCAAAUCGUGGUUUCUCCAUCGGCAUCGGGGACGUGACUCCUGGUCAGGGGCUCCUGAAGGCCAAGCAGGAGCUUCUGGAUGCUGGAUAUGAGAAAUGUGAUGAAUACAUUGAUGCGCUGAAGACGGGACGCUUACAGCAGCAGCCGGGCUGCACCGCCGAGGAGACUCUCGAGGCACUGAUCCUGAAGGAGCUGUCGGUCAUCAGAGAUCACGCAGGCAGUGCAUGUUUGAGAGAACUGGACAAAAGCAACAGUCCGCUGAUCAUGGCUCUGUGUGGAUCCAAAGGCUCCUUCAUCAAUAUCUCUCAGAUGAUUGCGUGUGUGGGACAGCAGGCCAUCAGCGGCUCUCGAGUUCCCGAUGGCUUUGAGAACCGAUCUCUGCCACACUUCCAGAAACACUCCAAACUCCCCGCAGCGAAGGGCUUUGUGGCAGACAGCUUUUAUUCUGGUUUGACCCCCACAGAGUUCUUCUUUCACACCAUGGCUGGUCGAGAAGGUCUGGUCGACACCGCUGUCAAAACAGCAGAGACCGGAUACAUGCAGCGGCGUCUGGUGAAGUCUCUGGAGGAUUUGUGCUCUCAGUAUGACCUGACGGUGCGCAGCUCCACCGGAGAUAUCAUACAGUUCAUCUACGGCGGAGACGGACUCGAUCCUGCAGCCAUGGAGGGAAAAGACGAACCGCUUGAGUUCAAGAGAGUCCUCGACAACAUACGAGCUGUGUACAGCUGUACAGGUGAACCUGCGCUCAGCAGAAACGAGCUGCUGUUGACCAGCGACUCCAUCAUGAAGAGGAAAGACUUUCUCUGCUGUAAAGACACUUUCCUGGAGACAUUGACAGAUACUGGCAGUGACAAGUACAUGCAGGAAAUCAGAAAGUUCAUCAAAACAGUUUCUGAGAAAGUGAAAAAGACGCGCGACAAAUACGGCAUCAACGACAACGGGACGACAGAGCCUAAAGUUUUAUACCAGCUGGACAGAAUCACUCCGACACAGCUGGAGAAGUUUCUGGAAACCUGCAGAGACAAAUACAUGAGGGCGCAGAUGGAGCCCGGGUCUGCAGUCGGGGCUCUCUGUGCUCAGAGUAUUGGGGAGCCAGGAACGCAGAUGACCCUCAAAACCUUUCACUUCGCUGGAGUCGCGUCCAUGAACAUCACUCUGGGCGUGCCGAGAAUCAAAGAAAUCAUCAACGCAUCCAAAAACAUCAGUACGCCCAUCAUAAGUGCCAACCUGGAUACCAAUGAUGACCCAGACUUCGCCCGGCUGGUGAAAGGACGCAUUGAGAAGACUCUUCUGGGAGAGAUUUCCGAGUACAUCGAGGAGGUUUUCCUGCCGGAUGAUACUUUUAUCCUGGUGAAGCUUUCGCUGGACAGGAUCCGUCUUCUGCGUCUGGAGGUCAAUGCGGAGACGGUGCGCUACUCCAUCUGCACGUCUAAGCUGCGGGUGAAGCCUGGUGACGUCCAGGUUCACGGAGAGGCCGUGGUUUGUGUUUCUCCCAGAGAAAACAGCAAGAGCUCCAUGUAUUAUGUGCUGCAGUCGCUCAAACAGGAUCUUCCUAAGGUGGUAGUGCAGGGAAUCCCUGAAGUGUCUCGCGCCGUCAUCCACAUCGAUGAGCAGAGCGGGAAGCAGAAGUUCAAGCUGCUGGUGGAAGGAGACAAUAUGAGAUCUGUGAUGGCGACACACGGAGUCAACGGAAGCAAAACUACAUCCAACAACACGUAUGAGGUAGAGAAGACUUUAGGCAUUGAAGCUGCCAGAUCCACCAUCAUCAAUGAGAUCCAGUACACUAUGGUAAACCACGGUAUGAGCAUCGACCGCCGGCACGUCAUGCUGCUGGCAGACCUCAUGUCCUAUAAGGGAGAGAUUCUGGGCAUCACUCGCUUUGGUCUGGCCAAGAUGAAGGAGAGCGUCCUCAUGCUGGCCUCCUUCGAGAAAACCGCCGAUCAUCUGUUUGAUGCUGCAUAUUUCGGUCAGAAGGACUCAGUGUGUGGGGUGUCGGAGUGCAUUAUAAUGGGCAUCCCCAUGAACAUCGGCACGGGACUCUUCAAACUCCUGCACCGCUCCAACAGAGAGGCCGAUCCCCCCCGCAGACCCCUGCUCUUCGACAGCCCUGACUUCCACAUCCCCAUGGCUCUCUGAACACACUCUAAACGCAGUUUUGUGCCUUUAUUUCUUUCAUUAUUACCUCAGCAAACCGGUUUCUCACUCCAGCUCGAGGGAAACGCACUGGAGGAUGAACUAAUGAGAUCACACUGAGGAUCAGUGCUGUCAAACCAUACAUCACAUCCAGAAUAAAAGAUCAUAUUUAGAUAAUGUACGUGUAUAAAUAGUUUAUAAAUAAGUAAAACAUAUAUAUCUAAAUAGUGUGUAUAUUUAUAUAUAACUUCUAUUAGAUAUAAAUAUUUAUUUUACAUAUAAACAUUCUUUUAAAUGUGUAUAUAGAUAGAUAUGUAUACAUAUAUACACACACACACACAUAUAUAAAUAUACACACAUAUAUAUGUAUACUCAC